AAACUGAGAUAAACAAUAGAAAUCAUGUGCUUCGGUGAUGCUUGCUCAGAGAUGGUAUAUAAGCCCUGCUCCCAGCAGAAGAAGACAUCAGACUAUCCUCUCUUCUCCCAAGUCACUUUUCUGCUCAUUUGACCUGAGUCCUCUCUUCUGAAACCAUGGGUUGCGGUGGCUGUGGUGGCUGUGGUGGCUGUGGUGGCUGUGGAGGCUGUGGCAGCUGUGGAGGCUGUGGCAGCUGUGGUGGCUGUGGCAGCUGUGGUGGCUGUGGCGGUUGUGGCGGCUGUGGUGGCUGCAACAGCUGCACCACCUGCAGGUGCUACCGGGUUGGCUGCUGCGGUGGCUGCUGCGGUGGCUGCUGUGGCUGUGGUCGCUGCUGUGGCUGCUGUGGCUGCUGCACCCCUGUGGUCUGCUGCUGCCGCCGCACCUGCUGCCGCUCCUGUGGCUGUGGCUCCUGUGGCUGUGGCUGUGGCUGUGGGAAGGGCUGUUGUUGCCAGCAGAAGGGCUGCUGCCAGCAGAAGUGUGGCUGCAAGAAGUGCUGCUGCUAAGAUGACUGCUGUGCCCCCCUCCCCGGGGC